AAAACGUACAGGGAAGCACUGGAAAAUUUUGCAAAAAUACCCUUUGAUAUCGUCGCUGACAAAUGGAGGUACGAACAAUUCGAAUCAACUAUCUCACCAGGAAAGCUGAAUGACAGAUGGUGGGAACUGAGAACCAAGUAUGAAGGCCUACGAGCUCCUCAGCCUUACAAUUCGUCAAAUCUCGAUGCUCUCAUGCAUAGUGCCAUCUAUCAGGUCCAUUCUCCUGCCACAAGAGGACUCGUAAGCUAUGUUGCUCAAUUCCAGAUUCUGAAGGCAAUGUGCCCUGCUGAAACCGCGCUGAGCGAGGGAUGCAUAUUAUCAGAAGACACCACAGAGAAGCUUCGUGCAGCAAUGACCAUGGGAUCAUCUGUCACAUGGCUCAAGGCUUUGGAACUCAUCACUGGUAAAGCCGAGCUAGACGCGAAGCCUUUGCUUGAGUAUUUCGAACCGCUUGCAAACUGGUUGAGAAACACUAACGAGGUAGACCAGACCUUCCUCGGUUGGGACGGCGAUGGAGCUCUCUUUACCGCAGAAGAAAUUCCUAAACCGAGAAGUGGAAUGGAUGGUGGUAGUGGUAUACUUAGCGAAGACCGAGUUGCUUUCCCAGGAGGUCUUUGUGCGAAUGGACAAGAAUGUCUGUUGGAUUCUCAUUGCAACGGAACAAUUUGCGUUUGUAAUGAUGGGCUAUACACUCUGGAACUCGGAUCGACAGUAAACUGCGUUCCCGGCAAUCCGGCUGACAGCGGAUUCGGAGACGGACAGGGAGGAUUGGUGAUUGGAUUGUUUUCGUCUGAGACAACCAUCCAUCCAGAGCCCGAACCAACUACGACAACCAUGGGCACAACGACUUCACCAAAAACUUCCGGGUCCUCGUUAUCCAGUACAUUAAUACCAAUUACUUUGGCUAUCUUGUAUUUAUUACAUUAA